UUCACUGAUAUACUUAAAAAAUUCAAAUAUGAAAUUUAUUUUCUUACUGUUUUUGGUUGCCGCCGUAUAUGCCGGAUUACAGAAAGACAUCCUAGCCAAGAGACUGCCUAUAGACCCCCUAGCUAAGUAUGAAAUUGGUCCAGUGACUUCUUUGUUAGAUUGUGAUUUACCCCCGGAGUUUUGCCACAAUAAAGAACCAUUAGAUAACUAUGAAUGUUGGAGAUGGGGGCAGGCAGAUUUAAUACUCAAGUAUUGUAUCAGGGAUGCAUGUCAUGGUAAUUGCCAUCGCACCAAAAAUAACUUUGGAAGCUUCGAAGAUUGUAUCUCUAACGCAGGACGAGUAUGUCCGACCUUAUAAAAUAAGAGACAUAAACUUAUAAAAACUUGUAAAUGCAUAAAGUAUUGAUUUUUCUACAUUUUGCAUUAUAUUAUGUGAUUUUUGACUUCCAUUGCAGAAAUAUUUCCUCAAAUACAAAUUAUCCAAAUAAA